GUGUGACGUAUAGAGAAGCUAGCCCAAUGAGUUAACUCAUUGAGCUAGCCGUUAAUCUGGUGUUUAUACCAUUGAUUUACUUCGAUAUAAUUAUGUCAUUCAAAAGGGAAGGAAAUGAUGGGAGCCAACUUAAUAUUUUAAAGAAACGGCGUGUAUCUGACCUUUUGUCCAAUUUUAUUCCGGAAGAUGAAGCUGCUCUUCUGAGUAAUGGCAGGUACACGUGCCUUGUGUGUUCGUAUCGCCCAGUGUUUGACACAGUUGACAUGUUGACAGUCCACAGGCAAGGGAAGAAGCAUUUAGAAGGUUUAAAAUCCUUUUAUGGGAAAAAGUCAAAGUUCAAGAAUGAAAUUGCAAAAAGAAAACAUGAAGAUUAUGUCAGAGCAGAAGACAAAGAGGAGCCCUCCAGUUCGGCACCUUUACUGGCACAGACCCGGAAACUUACCCAUCAUGCUCUUCUGAAGACUGUUCCAUACAACAGCUGCCACAGAAAAACCAGUACAAAGUUGAAUAAAGGACAGUCGAGCACUGCUGGAAACACAUUUCAACACAAUUUCCCAUCUGCAUGUUGGAAACCAGAAGUUUCUGACAAUGCAUCCACAAGUGAUUCUAGUGAUUGUUUCACAGAGUCUUGUUCAUCCAAAGACAGAAUUCAGUGUCAGUCUGAGUCGAGACAAACGGCAGAACUCAUAACGCCGCAGAGGCGAAGAGAGAUGGAGCACUACCUCAAACUGAAAAGCAAUGGCUGGUUACAGGACGGAAAUGGACAGUGGGUCAAAGACAACAACGUGGAGUUUGAUUCGGAUGAGGAGACGCCGCCUUCAUUUGCCCCUUCAGAUGAUUGCUAAAACACAUUCUAUGAGGAGACGGAGAAGAAAUGUGGGAACUUUCCCUGCACAGAUAAAAAGACACAAACCCUGCAGAAGAAUAUCUAUUAUAACAGAAUUGUUCAUUGUUCUUUUCUGUUUAUUUUCCUGUUUCUGUACAUGGCUGUAACAAACUUCCUGAGGGAUAAAGGCUUUGGCCUCCAGUCAUCUGAGCACACUGAGCAUAGUUUGGCUAACGAACAAAAGCAUUUAUAAGUCACGGAUGUGGCUAGAUUGCUGUGGACAGAAACUAUCAUCUUAAAACAAGAAUAGAUCACUACAGCCAUAAAAACUCUGCAAAUUCACAGUUUAAAUAAACUGCAGGAGUUUUGGGGAGUAGAAACUGAACCACAAAGGUAUUAUCCAGUCAAAAAGUGAACUUGUUUGUCAGUUUGGAAGUGAAUUGUACAAUUUUGUUCGUUUCUUUGAACUUCAUUGAACAGGGUCAAGUCCAGUGGUUAAUAGUCAGUGAACGCAGCAUCAGGGAAUUGUGGAUUCUUUUAAUUCAAUAUUUAACUUUUUGACUAUUUUUGUUUUGAUACACAUGAAUAAAAAUGUUUUUGUUAAUCA